AUCACUUCAGUCACAUUCCAGAGCUCCAUCCAAAAACAAUUCCUCAAAAUUCAAAUUUUAGGUUUACCAAUUUUCAGAACAAAUUUCCGCUUCGGUCACUUGUUUAAUGUUCGGCAGAAUUUUAUGUUAAAAUGGACUUUAUUCCGCAUUUAUUGUACAUGUUUGAUUUUGUGGUCGAUGAUGUGGUGAUAACGCGUAAGAAUCACUGUGCGCCCGAGGAGUACUCCACCUGUGUGGAGCUAACGUUCCGGUCUAGCGUCUAUGUCAAUAUAUGCGAUCGUGAGUAUGGGGGCUGCAUCGAGCCCAAGCAGCCGCAGUGCGGCAAGUGUUGUAUUUUUGCAUUGGAAUCGCCAAUCACACCCGAGGAUCGACUGUUGGUGCAUGUCUAUAAGAAACGUACGGAUCGCUGCAAGUUUCUGAUUGGCUUCAGUGAGGUCAGAGUAAAGCCGCUUUUUGAUAAGGUUGACAAAGAGUUUAAUACUGAGAACUGGGACUGGAGGAGUAAGCGGCAGAAUAAUAUGAUGAAUUUGCCCUCGUUGAAGGGCAGCAACAGGGACCUGCUGGACACGUGCGAGUGCUUCAAUGCCGGCUUUCAACGCUUGGAGCAGCUAUGCCCCAGCUAUACCAUGGCCAAGAGAAUGCUGCCUCUCUUCAAUAUCUGCCAACAGCAGACCGGCAACAUGGUGCUCAUAAUGCGUCUGCUCUGCCAUGGACCCACCAUAGUAUCGCACUUCAAAAAGGUUGGCAAGAAAUUGGUCCCAAUGCCGCGCCCACCGGAUCAGCAUCCAUGUUAUAUAAUACCGGCAGAGCGCGACGGCAAACGACCCACCAAAGGCUAUCGUUACUUUGCCUGCAAUGAGGAUAAAUUGUGUCCCUAUGACAUAUGUGAGGAUGAGUUCGAUCGCGAUUGCCCCACUGUGCCGUGUAAGUAUCGAUGCAAGAAGAUUGUGGAGCACUACAGACCGUGCGGGGAUUGUGCCGACGUUGACAUAUUUCCCAGAUUCGCUUCCUAUGACAAUCUACUUGUUAAGAGACAACAGCAGAUGGAGAAUAAUCAGAAAACUAUCUGUCGUAAGAUCAGAAGUUCAACCGAGCAGAACAAGCCAUGCGGUAGGUGUGUCGACUUAACUCCCGGAUUAGAUUGCAAUACAAAUAAGAAAAAAAGGAAACAUAAGAAGAAGAGUCAUAAGAAAACUAAGAAGACAUAAUGGACAUCCGUUUUGUAACCGUGAAACUCUACCUACUGCACGUACUGAUGCAUUGUGAGAAGAAAGGGAAAAACAAAAAA